AUGUGGAUUAGGAAAAAUAAUGAAAUUGACAAAAGGUCACGAGGCAAUCACGUGGCAAAUACGAAGGAAAGAUUGUUCUUCUCCUCUGUUCCUGACUUUGGCAAAACCCUUCGCCCUUCUCUAGCCGGCGGUGAACGUCAAAGCCGAAAGAUUACAGCGAUGAACUUCUCCACAAGGCUCGCUGAGAAGCUUCCCGGCAUCUUACCGGUGCCCUCUCAUCCUCUCCUGCGUAAAGGACCCAUCUCCGAGUUAAGAUUCUUUGCAACUUCUAACCAUAGUAGAAGAUUGAGAUUGAGAUUACAAAAGAACAUGGUUUGGAGUUUGCAGAGAGCAGAGCUCUGUGUAGUAACCAAUUCAAGCAUAGUUCAUCCAGCAACAGAAGCUUAUGCACAAGAAGCUAUAGAAGCAAUCAAAUCAGAGAAAGUUAUUGCUGUGCCUACAGACACGCUUUAUGGAUUCGCCUGUGAUGCUUGUUCUUUAGAAGCGGUUAACCGGAUAUAUGAGAUCAAGGGUCGUAAGCUUACAAGCCCUUUAGCUAUAUGCGUUGGGGAUGUAUCAGAUAUCAAGAGAGUUGCUACAACAAACCACUUACCUCACGGUUUACUCGACUCGCUCUUGCCCGGUCCAGUCACUCUCGUCCUUCAACGAGGUGAGUCGAGUAUUCUUGAAAAGUCGUUAAACCCGGGGAUUGAUACUAUUGGAGUACGUGUUCCGGAUAGUGAGUUUAUUAGGGAAGUAUCGAGAGGUUCGGGAAGUGUUUUGGCACUUACGAGUGCUAAUCUAAGCGGUGAUAGAAGCAGCGUUUGUGUCAAUGACUUUGAGAAUCUUUGGCAGCACUGUGCUUAUGUUUAUGAUGGUGGUUUGCUUCCGUCGGGUCGUGCAGGGUCAACAAUAGUUGAUUUGAGUAGAGUUGGGAAGUAUAAGAUUAUUAGACCUGGAAGUGCGAAGGAAGCAACAGUGGCGAUACUUGAGAAGUAUUUGCUGGAAGAGGAAGAAGAAGCUGGUUAAAGCGUUGAUCUGACUUUAAAGAAUUUGAAGGUUUUGUUAUGGUUCUUACUUGAUUUUUGGUAUUGGUUUUUAUCAUAUGUAGACACUAUACAUUGAAGUGUUGUAAUACGAGAAGAUUGUUGAUUUUGAGCGUGUUGCCACCACUAACAUUAGUCGUCAGCGUUUGUAAUUUAAAGGAAUUUUUGGACUGUUUUGUAAUUUCACUAAAUUUCUUAUUGGUCCAUUUGGAACUCCA